UGAGGGGGCGGUGCCAGGGCGGGGCCCAGACCUUCUAUCCCCGCCCACUCGCGCCCCGUGCAGCCAAUAGAUGCGGCCGCGGCCGGUGUCGGCUCCAUUGUGCUGUCAGCCCUGCCGGUGACGUCACAGCCUCUUAUCCCCCCUCUAGUGCCGUCUGGCUGCAGUGGCUCAGACAGGAGGGGAGGAAAACGCUGAGUGAGCCGGGGAGGGGCUCCUUAAAGAACCGCUGCCAUCUCUGGCAUAUUCCGGCCACAAAGAAGUCGGGGAACUGCGCCUGCACCCGCUGCAUCCAAGCUGGGGGGACCCCCUGAGCGCCCUGUCCGGAGAGCACCGCAGCCGCCUCCGCCUCGCUCCUCCCCGCUCGCCCGCAGCCGGCCAGCUCGCUUUUCCUUUGUGUCUGCAGCCAGCGCCGAGGCGAGAGGAGCGGCGGAGCCCAGCACCAUGCCCAGCUCGCUCUUCGCAGACAUGGAGAGGUCCGGGAGCGGAGGGGGCGACACUCUGGACGACCAGCGGGCGCUGCAGAUCGCCCUGGACCAGCUGUCCCUGCUCGGGCUGGACAACGACGAGAGCUCCAUCUACGACAACGAGCCCCGGAAAAAGAGCGUCAACAUGACCGAGUGCGUCCCGGUGCCCAGCUCGGAGCAUGUGGCGGAGAUCGUGGGCAGACAAGGUUGUAAAAUCAAAGCUCUGCGGGCGAAGACCAACACCUACAUCAAGACCCCGGUCCGCGGGGAGGAGCCUGUCUUUGUUGUGACUGGGAGAAAGGAAGAUGUAGCCAUGGCCAGGAGAGAGAUCAUCUCAGCGGCAGAACACUUCUCCAUGAUCCGAGCUUCUCGCAAUAAGAACGCUUUAAAUGGGGGGUCUGUGCCUGGACCACCCAAUCUUCCUGGACAGACCACCAUCCAGGUACGGGUGCCCUACAGAGUGGUGGGUCUGGUGGUGGGACCUAAAGGGGCUACCAUCAAGAGGAUCCAGCAGCAGACCCACACCUACAUCGUCACCCCCAGCAGGGAUAAAGAGCCCGUGUUCGAGGUUACUGGGAUGCCGGAGAAUGUGGACCGAGCCCGGGAGGAGAUUGAGGCUCACAUUGCUGUGCGCACUGGAGGGCUUAUAGAGCUGACCGAUGAGAAUGACUUUCAUGCCAAUGGGACUGAUGUUGGCUUCGAUUUGCAUGGCACAGGGAGCUUAUGGAGCAAACCCACCCCGGGCAUGAACUCCAGCACGGGUUCACGCAAGGCUUUUUCCAGUUACCGUAAUGACAGCUCCAGCUCCCUAGGCAGUGCCUCCACCGACUCUUACUUUGGUAGCAGCAAUGGCACUAGGUUGGCAGAUUAUAGCCCUCCCAGCCCUGCCCUCAGUUUUACCAACAAUGGCAACAAUAAUAAUAACGUGAAUGGCAAUGGAUAUGUGUAUGCCAGCGACAGCAUUUCACCUGACUGCACUGAGCUGGCUUUUGACUCUGCAUUUGACCCUGCGCCAGCUCCACCUGGCACUGCUCUAAUCUGGUCCCAGUUUGAACGCAAUGGCACCAGCAGUGUCUCCCAGUCUCCCCCCUACCAAAACAAUGCCAAUGGGUUGCUGUCUAAUCGGCGGCUCAAUGGGGUGGGCUGCACUGCUCCGCCCAGGCCCUCACCUCCCUUGCAUGGAAGCAACGUGGUCCCUGAGCAUCCUUUAGCACGUAGAGUGCGCAGUGACCCCGGAGGUGGCCUGAGCUACUCCGCCUACACCAACAUGGGCUCCGACUCCUCCUCUUCUUCCUCAUCCUCCAGCAGCAGCAGCUCUUCCUCUUCCAGCUCAUCUUCCUCUUCGUCAGGCAUGAGGAGGAAAGGCAGCCGCGACUGCUCCAUCUGCUUUGAGAGCGAGGUGAUCGCAGCCUUGGUACCCUGCGGCCACAACCUAUUCUGCAUGGAGUGUGCCAACCGCAUCUGUGAGAAGAACGAGCCUCAGUGCCCAGUGUGUCACGCAGAAGUCACUCAGGCCAUUCGUAUAUUUUCCUAGAACACUCAAGCAGCCUUCUUUAUUCCUGUACUAUGAAUAAAAACAUGCCCUAUAGCUACAUUCCCACUUGUAUGGUGCCAUACACGUGUGUUUGUGUUUUGUACAUAUAUAUAUUAUUUACCAGAACCCUUAAUAUAUUAAUAUAUUGUAAUAUAUUAAUAUGCAAAUAAUAUAUAUAUAAUGAUGUGAUGUUGCUUAUGCCCUCAUGCUUUAAAGGCUUGAUGGGCUCAUAUAUAUGUCUUUGUAGUAGCCUUUCAAGCCAUUCUGAAGGCAAAUAAUAGUUUUGUACUGGAGCCAGAUGUCAAAUAGUUACUGCAUGUCUUAUGAAACGAGGCCCCCCCCCCCCCCUCUUUCCCAUUUUGGUGCAUUUUUUUUCUCAAUGGUACCCACUCUUGCUUCUCUAUGUAAAUAGCUUGCAGCAACCAAUUGACAUGUGUCCUCCCCACUCCAGAAGCAAUAUUGAUUUGUCUUAUCCUAUAUUUCUGCCAUUUGCAGUGGGGCCUAUGACUGGGCCUGUCUUAAGUCUGCCUGGAUGUUGUCACAUGGUCAGUUUAAUCCCUUCUCUGCUGCCUGGGUCCUGCUGUGGGACACUGGG